GGGACGGGGCUGUUCCCGGGGAGGCUGUGAUGGGUUGACAGGUGCGUGACAGUGGGAGCUGCUCUCGGCACAAGCAUGUACGGCAAAGGCAAGAGUAACAGCAGCGCCGUCCCGUCCGACAGCCAGGCCCGGGAGAAGUUAGCACUCUACGUAUAUGAAUAUCUGCUCCAUGUAGGAGCUCAGAAAUCGGCCCAGACAUUUUUAUCAGAGAUAAGAUGGGAAAAAAACAUCACAUUGGGCGAACCACCAGGAUUCUUACAUUCUUGGUGGUGUGUAUUUUGGGAUCUCUACUGUGCAGCUCCAGAAAGACGGGAAACAUGUGAACAUUCAAGUGAAGCAAAAGCCUUCCAUGAUUAUAGUGCUGCAGCAGCUCCCAGUCCAGUGCUAGGAAACAUUCCCCCAGGAGAUGGCAUGCCAGUAGGUCCUGUACCACCAGGGUUCUUUCAGCCUUUUAUGUCACCUCGGUACCCUGGAGGUCCAAGGCCCCCACUGAGGAUACCUAACCAGGCUCUUGGAGGUGUCCCAGGAAGUCAGCCAUUACUUCCCAGUGGAAUGGACCCAACUCGACAACAAGGACAUCCAAAUAUGGGUGGGCCAAUGCAGAGAAUGACACCUCCAAGAGGAAUGGUGCCCUUAGGACCACAGUCUGACCCUUGGUUAUCAUUACAGAACUAUGGAGGUGCAAUGAGACCCCCACUGAAUGCUUUAGGUGGCCCUGGAAUGCCUGGAAUGAACAUGGGUCCUGGUGGUGGUAGACCUUGGCCAAACCCAACAAAUGCCAAUUCAAUACCAUACUCCUCAGCAUCUCCUGGGAAUUAUGUAGGUCCUCCAGGAGGUGGAGGGCCACCAGGAACACCCAUCAUGCCUAGUCCAGCAGACUCAACCAACUCUGGAGACAACAUGUAUACUUUAAUGAAUGCAGUACCUCCUGGACCUAACAGGCCUAAUUUUCCAAUGGGCCCUGGGUCAGAUGGUCCCAUGGGUGCAUUAGGAGGAAUGGAGUCACAUCACAUGAAUGGCUCUUUAGGCUCAGGAGAUAUGGACAGUAUUUCCAAGAAUUCUCCCAAUAAUAUGAGCCUGAGUAAUCAGCCGGGCACUCCUAGGGAUGAUGGCGAAAUGGGGGGAAAUUUCUUAAAUCCUUUUCAGAGUGAGAGUUACUCCCCUAGCAUGACAAUGAGUGUGUGAUCCAUUACCAAGUCUCCUCAUGGAAACCACAGUGAGUCAGCCCUUCACAGAACUACUACGGAAGAAAAUUAUUCAUCACAGUGUACAGUUAAACAAAGGAAUCUCAGUCACUCCAAACCAACCUUUUUAUUUCCUGCUCUCUCCCAUAUUUUGUGAAGAAAGCGGGUCCAAACGUGAUUCGAACAACUGUACAGAGCGGCAUAUUAGAAUUGCCCUCAACGGAACUGCAAAUGAUUAUCUGUGUAUGUAUAUGUGUGGGAAAGAGAAUGUAUUGUAUGUGUGUAUGUUAUAUGGACACAUGCACAUACAUACAUUGACCCACAGGACAUUGUAAAAUACUAUCACAUGACAUCUUAAGUAGAAAUAAGUAGGGACUUUUAUUCCAUCCUUUUUUUCACGUUUACAUUUUAAUUAUUAAAAGUUGCUCCUGCCCCUCCCUGAUCUAUUUUGUGCUGUGUAUAUCACUGCUUUAUAUAAGUUAUUUUUUAAGGUGAACUCAGAUGUUAUGGUUUUGUAAAUGUCUGCAAUCAUGGAUAGGAAUAAAAUCGCUUAUUUGAGAGCUUUCAUUAAA